AUGACUAUUUCACUCUUCAAAAUGAAGGGCCUGCUGCUGACCCUGUGGUUCCUGCACGUGAGUGCCGCGGUGCCGGUGUUUCCUCAGCAAUCAGGGGUCCCAGGCAUGGCUAGUUUGAGCCUUGAGACAAUGAGACAACUGGGAAGUCUGCAGGGAUUAAAUACACUCUCUCAGUAUUCAAGGUUUGGCUUUGGGAAGUCAUUUAACUCCUUGUGGCUGCAGGGCCUCCUCCCCCCACAGCCUUCCCUCCCGUGGAUGAGGCCUCGGGAGCAUGAAACUCAGCAAUAUGAAUAUUCUUUGCCUGUGCACCCCCCACCUCUCCCAUCACAGCCAGCUCUGCAGCCUCAACAGGCAGGACUAAAGCCUUUCCUCCAGCCCACGGCCGCGACCGCCGUCCAGGGCACCGCACAGAAGGGCAGGCCUCAGCCUCCAGUCCACCUGGGACAGCUGCCCUUGCAGGAAGGAGAACUGCCCGCCGUCCAGGAACAGGUGGCACCAGAAGAGAAGCUCCCAAAGCCUGAGCUCCCAAUAAUGGAUUUUGCUGGUCCACAAGGUCCAUCAAUAUUCCAAAUUGCCCGUUUGAUAGCUCGGGGCCCAAUGCCACAAAAUAAACAGUCUCCACUUUAUCCAGGAAUGUUUUAUGUGUCCUAUGGAGCAAAUCAAUUGAAUGCCCCUGGUAGACUUGGCAUCAUGAGUUCUGAAGAAAUGGCUGGAGGGCGAGGAGGCCCCAUGGGCUACGAAGCCGUGUUCCCGGGAUUCGGCGGCCUGAGGCCCAGCCUUGGGGGCCUGCCCCACAACCCGGCCAUGGGUGGGGACUUCACGCUGGAGUUUGACUCCCCGCUCGCCGCCACCAAAGGCCCUGAGAAGGGAGAAGGAGGCGCCCCGGACACCCCCGGGCCAGAGGCCAGCCCAGCCCACCCGGAGCAACCCGCUCUGCCCCCAGAGCUCGCGCCCGGCGCUCACCCGGGGCUCCUGGCCUUCCCUGACGACGAGGACCCCAGCCUGGCACGGGGCCCCGCGGGGCAGAGGCUGGGGCCUCCCGGGGUCACCCCGGCCGCGGCAGACCCGCUGAUGACCCCAGAGCUGGCCGAUAUCUACGGGACCUACGCGGCUGACGUGACCACACCCCUGGAAGCCACCACCGACACCACCGGGGCCCCGGACCUUCUGGAGACGUCGUCGGCGCCGGGGAACAGAGCGCAGCAGGCCCAGGCCGCGCGCGAGGUGUGGCGCUACCAGGAGCCCUGA